AUGGAAGAACAAAAGAACAAUCUCAGACUUAAUGUCACCGACUUUGCCUCCUCUCAUGGCUCGACCGGCUCCAACCCCCAUGCCGUCCCUUCUCCAAGCCGAAAUGCUCCAUUCAAACCCGUCGCACUGCGAGCACCUACUCAUACCUCCAUCGACCUCGACGACUACUUCGUGGGCCCUCGAGACAUGAAUCAUCAUUCCAAAUGGCCAUAUUUCCUUCGUCUACACGGCAGUGUCCUCCCGAAGAUGAUCCUACCCCUCGGCUUUGUCGCCGUAUGGGCUACCGCCAUUACCUGCAUAUCCAAAUUUGUAUAUGAUUUGGGCAUUGAUUCGGUUCUCUUGACCAUCACCGGUUUCGUGGUCGGUUUGGCUCUGUCAUUCCGGUCCUCGACGGCAUAUGAACGAUACACUGAAGGUCGAAAAUACUGGGCACAGCUGAUUGUCACAUCGCGAAACUUGGCCAGACUGAUCUGGGUCCAUACCGAAGAACGACAUCAUGUGAGCGAAGAACGAGGGAAAGCCGACCUUUUGGCCAAACUCACCGCACUAAAUCUGGUCAAUGCAUUUGCUGUCGCAUUGAAACACCAUCUUCGAUUCGAACCAUCGGUGGACUACCCCGAUCUUCACCCGUUGAUUGCAAAUAUUCGCACUCUGGCCAGUGAAGCAGACCAGGAAAAGCUGAAGCAGAAAAAGCCUUCGGCCUGGAAAGCGGCAGGCGAAUAUCUCGGCGUCACAUUUGCACAGUCAAACCCCAGAAAAUUGGUGAAACGCUCUCGCGAGAACCUCGGAAACAUCCCUCUUGAGAUCCUCACAUAUCUGUCUGCGUACUUGGACGAAGUCAUUAAUAACGAUCAACUGAAAAUCCCCAUUCACCAAGCCAACGCGGCGAACAGCAUUACAGCCCUGGCCGACAUCCUGACCAAUGUCGAACGAGUGCUCAACACUCCAGUGCCCAUUGCCUACUCGAUUUCCAUCUCGCAAAUCACCUGGGUCUACAUCUUGGUCCUGCCUUUCCAACUCCACAAGGUGCUCGGUUGGGUGACCAUCUUUGGAACCGUUUUGGCCGCCUACAUUAUCCUGGGACUUGCCGCCAUUGGGUAUGAGAUCGAGAACCCAUUUGGCAACGAUGUCAAUGAUCUCCCUCUCGACGAAUACUGUCGCGAACUUGCGAGUGACAUUGAUGUCUUGACGAGUAUGCCUGUCCCCAGAACGGAGAACUUCGUCUCGGCUGCCGAGAAUAAAGUUCUCUUCCCGUUGAGCAUGAGCGAUUAUGAGAGCUGGAAUGCCCGAUCCCUGGCUGAGAUCCGACAUGCCCUAAAAGCCAAAGCCACCACGGCAGCGACAUCGGUGGAUCUUGAUCGUGCAAUCGCCCAGUCGGAGAUCCAACCCAAAAAUGUCGAAGCCCCGCCGGCUCAGGAGAACAAGAAUCGACCGGAGGGUGACGUCGUUUAA